CAUCACGUGCACGCGAACAAAGUUUGUUCCGGUUUUGGGCUUUUAUCGUCCCAGCCUCUGUAAGCAGUCGAGUACUCCCCCCUUCGCAGUUCUCAAGACACCUGCAAAUCCACAGAAAAUGACGAGCAACGACUUAAUGAAGCUCGACCUCGACCGGCGGCGCGUCACGCUCGUGCUGGAAAUCAACGCGAAGCUGUUUCGCGAGUCGAUUGCGAUUCAGCAGAAGCACGGUGACGGGGGUGGAGAAAAGGCCAGGCACGAUCCCAUAUAUGUUCACUGCAUGAAGCGAUUGCAGGUCAACCUCGCGUAUCUCGCGGGCGUGGCUGAUCGCGGCAAAGUUGCCCAUGCGCCGCCGUACCCGACAAUACUCGUUGCACCGCCCGAGAUCAGCGGGCUGGUCGAGCCGUAUCGGCAAUUACAGGAUCUCUUCCGGGAGGCGUAUAACGCAAUCACAUUAAUGCAGCAGCAGCAGCACAAUAUCAACGUCAACUACAGCAGCAGUUGCAGCAGCAGCAGAUGCUCCAACUCGCGCAGCAACAGUCGCAAACACAGCAGCAGUCGCCUCAACCCCAACAUCAACAGCCCACACAGCCAACCCCAGCUCAAAUACAGCAAUAUCAAAUGCAGCAAGCACGUCUUCUCCAACUCCAGCAACAACAACAGCAACAGCAGCAACAGCAGCAGCAACCACAACCGCAGCAGAUAGGAUCUCCAAUGAUGAAUCCCCAGCAAGCGCAGUUUGCGCAGCAGCAACGGUAUAUGCAGCAAAUCCAGCAGCAGCAGAAACUACAGGCCUACCAGCAGAAUCUGCCACAAAUGUGAUUAUCUUUUCUAUGAUAUAAUCUUGGCUGGUACAUUUUUUGUCACUAUUAAAGCUGUUUGGGUUUUGGCGAGCAAAGGGUUUGUCUUCUGCGUGUCUUUUGUAUAUCGGUGUGUUUUCUGCAUUGCGGUUGGCUUGUUUGUCUGUUUUUCUCGUUGCAUGCAUCAUUUUCCCACAAUCUUCGAGUUCGGAACUGGG